AUGGUCGUCGUCGUUGAAGAAGUAAGGGACGAAUCCGCCCCAGAGGUAUCCACAAACUUGGGUGAAGGUGAACAUGAAUCAGAUUACGAGACCGACUCCGAAGUUUCCUCAACUUUCUCAGACGAUGAAGAUGAUUUCAACCCAGAUGACGAAACUUUGUACGAGAGAUUAGUAGCUUUGAAAGAUAUUGUUCCACCUCAGACUCGAUCUUCGCUUUACAGUAAAUACAAGUCUACGACAAGUUGGGCGCUUUGGUCCGUACAAUCUACUGGUACUUUAGCUUGGUGGAUCUCGACUUCUGCUUUAUUGGUUGGUCUCCCUCUUGCUUUGGCUAUUGAAGACGAGACUAGGGUGGUACAACAGGAGAGAGAGAUGCAGAUGCAAUCGCAAGGUCAACAACAGCUCCUCGGUGGUCCCCAACAAGGUCAACCCCAAGGUGUUCUCCCUCCUGGAUUCUAG